AUGAAUGAGAGUAGUGGUGAUGAAUGCAAACUACUGAAUGCAAACACGUUCCUCCGCAUGGUAGAUGCUUGUGCCAGUUUUCUCACCGAAGCCCUGCAGCCAGAGAACUGUGUUGGCAUCCUGAGGCUGGCUGAUGCCCACUCCCUGCACAGCCUGAAACAACAAGUGCAGAACUACAUCAUCCAGAACUUCACCCAGGUCCUGAACUACGAGGAGUUCCUGGAGCUGCCGGCCGACAUCCUCUGCAGCACGCUGAAGAGCGACGACCUCUACGUCACGGAAGAGGCCCAGGUGUUCGAAACUGUAAUGAACUGGGUUCGUUACAAGGAGUCGGAAAGGUUUCCUCUGCUGCCGAAUGUGCUGGAGAACGUCCGGCUGCCCCUCUUGGACCCCUGGUAUUUCGUAGAGACUGUUGAAGCCGAUCAACUCAUUAGACAGUGUCCAGAUGUCUUUCCUUUGCUCCAGGAAGCAAGAAUGUACCAUCUGUCAGGCAAUGAGAUUAUUACAGAAAGAACCAAGCCCAGGAUGCACGAGUUCCAGUCCGAGGUGUUCAUGAUCAUAGGGGGAUGUACAAAAGAUGAGAAGUUUGUAGCAGAAGUGACUUGCUUGGAUCCUUUGAGGCGAAGCCGCCUGGAAGUAGCAAAAUUACCAAUCACAGAGCAGGAGACAGAGACUGAGAAUAAAAAAUGGGUGGAGUUUGCAUGCAUUACGCUAAAGAAUGAAGUCUACAUAUCAGGUGGCAAGGAAACAAAACACGAUGUCUGGAAAUACAACGCCUCCAUCAACAAAUGGAUACAAAUUGAGUAUCUGAAUAUCGGGCGAUGGAGGCAUAAAAUGGCUGUGCUGGGGGGCAAAGUGUAUGUCAUUGGAGGGUUCGAUGGCGUGCAGAGAAUCAACAGCAUGGAGGCGUACGAUCCCUUCCAUAACUGCUGGUCAGAGGCUGCUCCCCUCAUGAUCAAUGUAAGCUCCUUUGCAGCAGCGAGCUACAAGAAGAAACUCUACGUGAUCGGAGGAGGACCCAACGGGAAGCUGGCCACGGACAAGACUCAGUGCUACGACCCCGCGACCAACAUGUGGAGCCUGAAAGCCUCCAUGCCAGUAGAAGCCAAAUGCAUCAAUGCUGCAAGCUUCCGUGAUCACAUUUAUGUUGUGGGUGGGGCAAUGAAAGCACUCUACUCCUACAGCCCCGAGGAAGACACAUGGUGCCUGGUGACUCAGUUCACCCACGAGAGAGCCAGCUGUGGGAUUUCUCCUUGCAACAACAAGCUGUUUAUCACCGGGGGCCGAGACGAAAAGAACGAAGUCAUUGCGACAGUGCUGUGCUGGGACCCUGAAACUCAGAAGCUGACGGAGGAGUGUGUCCUGCCUCGGGGGGUGUCUCAUCACGGGAGCGUUACCCUCAGGAAGUCUUACACACACAUCCGUCGGAUUGUGCCCGGGGCGGUUUCUGUCUGACCCCAGGAGAACUACAAAGAAAAGCAGUACCUCGGUGUCCCUGUGGCACAGACUGCGAUGGCGCUGAUUUGUAGCUGCAGGUAGCAAUGGAUGGAAAUACCGCCACUAGGGUCCUCUGGGGAGUAUCUGUAUAUAUGCUCAGCCCUUGCAUUUCCUCUGUACAGUAUAUCCUUAAAUUAUCUUAAUUCCUUCCCUCCACAGAGAAACAAAGGGACCAGCUGUAGUUUACUCCUGCCAACACAAUACCUCCAAUCAGGCAAAGAAACGCGUGGUGGGAAAUUUAGUUCCCAGCUCUGUUUGCCCUGAAAAGUGCUUGAACUGGUCCUGAAGUUUGCUCAACUAUUUAUUGUGUUAAGUUGGAUUUGCAGCACCUACUAGUGAAAAAGAGAAGAUGCUUUUUGGAAUGAAAGAUUUUUACCUUUGGUGAAAUGUAAUGUAGUUUCCUCCGAAGCUAUGGUUUUUUUUUCCAGCGGUUGGCACAUUAGUUUAAGUUAAAUCUGGUUUGUUUGUUUGUGUGUUUGCUUGAAGACACUUUGUUAGUUUUUCAGUUCUGCGUGACCAAAAAAAACCCAUUUCAGUUUGCAAACCUUGCUGUCAUUCCCAAGAAAGAGACUGCAUAGGCUGCAAAUACAAAUGAACGCUAAUCUGGUUCCACUGAACAUUCAUUGUAGCUGUUUUCGAAUAAAGCAGCCCAAAACCUACUUUC